CCCAUCUAGACAGUUCCAGUAUAUUUACUCAGUCUUCUGAAGGGACAUUACAUUGGGAAGAUUUUAAAUGAUAUAGGUUAUCUGUAGUUUUUGGAAAUGAUUACCAUAUUGUUAGUGUUAUGUCCCAUCAUAUUGGUGUCUGCUGUACCAGUUGGGCCACAUGUCCAUCCUCCACAGCUGUCACAAGGAGAAACCACUCAAAAAGUUCAGCCCGUUGAAGCCACAAACCAGAUACCUGAAGCUCAGUCACCAGCUCCUCUUUCUCCCGUUUUGGAGCAACCAAAUCAUGGGACUCUCCAGCAGCCAAAUCCCCAGGGCAGUGCCCAGGCCUCAUCACCACUCUACAUGUGGUUUCCACAAGGUGGCAGUCCAGUGAUUAUCCCACUGUAUCAGAGUGCCCAAGGAUCUCUGCCUGCUAACCAGCUGACACAACAGCCUCUGAUUUUUCCACCUUAUGGAUUCUUGCCAGUACCCCCAUCACCCUAUGGCAAUCAGCCGUUUCCCCAAUAUGGAUUCCCGAUGAUUUUCCAGUCAUCUGUCCCUCCAUCUCCAGCAAAUCAGCUCCCAAACAGUCCAAUGUUACCUGCAGAGCCAGCUACACCAUUAGGAGCUGCACCUCAGCAAACACAACAGAAUCCGUCAACUGCCUACACGCUACAACAACUCAUGAACCCUUCACUUGGCGGUCUUAGCUCGGAGGAACUUGAAACUGUUGCUAAGAUGGGGCAGUUGGGUCUGUUUAUGCCCACAGUGCUCACAAACCCACCUGCAGGUGGAGGAGCAGUUCAGCCUCAGAGCCAGGCUGCUGGACUUAAAAGCCCAGAACAGCAUGGCACAAGGCCAGCUGUGGGGAGCUCAACAGCUGGAGUCCCAUCACUACAGAGGCUGGCCUGCUCGGGAUCUCAGCCAGACACAAAAGGCCUUCCAGCAGGUUUGGAGAAAGGAGCAGCGGAGGCUUCCAUUGGCCAAACACCUGGUCAGCCCAAACUGGGAAACCUUGUCUGAGACAACAGCCACCAGCAGAGUUAACAAACAUCACUAUCAUUAUUAACACAAUACUGAUUUAUAAGUAAACUGUCUUAAAGAAAUAAUUAACCACUAUUGUUACUUACAUUAUUUCCACUUUGUUUCUUUUUUGUUUCUUUUCUUUGUGAUGAAAGACACCAAAUAAAAAGAAAAGCAAGAUAUACUUGCUAUUAAUAAUUUCUAAUGAUAAGCAUGUUUUUUUUUUUUAUUUCAUUUAGUUGAAAUACAUUGUUAUCCUGCAUCAUUGUU